AAGACAAAUAAUAAAGUAGAUAAAAUAUUUGCCAUACAUAUGAUAGAGAAAAGGGUAAUAGUCACAAAACAUAAAGAGGCCUUGAAAGUCAAUUGAAAAAAAAAAGAUUAUUUAUUUAAAACAUGGGAAAAGAGCUUUCCAACCCAAACCUGGCAGAAUGGCUCCUGCAAAGAAGGGUGGCGAGAAGAAGGGCCAGUCCGCCAUCAACGAGGUGGUGACCAGAGAAUACACUAUCAUCAUUCACCAGCGCAUCCAUGGAGUGGGUUUCAAGAAGCAUGCCCCUCGGGCACUCAAAGAAAUCCAGAAAUUUGCCAUGAAGGAGGUGGGAACUCCAGAUGCACACAUUGACACUGAGCUCAACAAAGCUGUCUGGGCCAAAGGAAUAAGGAAUAUCCCAUACGGUGUCCAUGUGCGGUUGUCCAGAAAACGUAAUGAAGAUGAAGAUUCACCAAACAAGCUCUAUACGUUGGUUACCUAUGUACCUGUCACCACUUUCAAAAAUCUGCAGACAGUUAAUGUGGAUGAGAACUAACGGCUGAUUGUCAAAGUUUUCGAACCACCAAAAAAAAAAAUAAAUGGGAAAAGAACAUGAACAGGCAAUUCAUAAAAGAAAUACAAAUAGCCAGUCUAUACAUGAAAACAUGCUCAAUCUUACUAGUACUAAAAUUAAAACAAUGUAUU